UCACAAUUUACGAAUCGCAAACUGCGAAUACUGUGAUCAGUGCGAUCUGUCAUAUUUGGUGAUUCUGGUCACAGCUCAGCCGUCACGGGUCAUAAGAACGUUGCAGGACACAUCCGACCAUUCGGAUCAUGAUUGAGAGCAUCGUGUUCAACGCAUUUGGAGUGUAUUGAAAACAAAAAGUGUCCGGCGACAUAAUUAAAUAAAACGAGUAUUUUGUCGCAGCUCGCCUGUGCUUUUCCCUUAAAAUGCCGGUGAGCAUAGCGUGAUCUCUAAGAUGAAAAUUCGGAGCUGCGCGUAGGCAAAGUGUGUUUCUUCUCUCGAAUUUCUGGCGAGAAUAUAUAACUGAGAAUAAAAUAGUAAACCCCAUCGCGUGCACGAUGACCACAUUAAGCGGAUUUAUAGAAUUCUUCCAGAAAGGCAAGACGUUUAGGCCAAAGAAAAAGUUUGCUCACGGAACAUUGCGUUACUCUUUAUACAAGCAAGCUCAAGCGUCUCUUAAUUCUGGGAUCAAUCUGAGAUCUGUCGUCAAAUUACCUCCCGGAGAAGAUAUGAAUGACUGGAUUGCCGUUCACGUUGUGGAUUUUUUCAAUAGAAUAAAUCUGAUAUAUGGUACUGUGUCCGAGUACUGCGAUUCAGCGUCUUGUCCAGCAAUGAGCGGUGGAGCACGUUUUGAAUAUUUGUGGGCAGACGGUGAAAAAUAUAAAAAGCCAACAGCGUUACCAGCGCCACAAUACGUUGCUCUUCUCAUGGAUUGGAUUGAAGCUCAAAUAAAUAACGAGACAGUUUUUCCAGUGUCAACAGAUGUGCCAUUUCCCAAAACAUUUAUACCAUUAUGUAGAAAAAUCUUGACCCGCCUCUUUCGAGUUUUCGUUCAUGUGUACAUCCAUCAUUUUGAUCGCAUUGUAGCAAUAGGAGCAGAAGCGCACGUGAAUACAUGUUACAAGCAUUUUUACUAUUUUGUGACAGAAUUUGAUUUAAUUAAUCCUAAGGAAUUAGAACCGUUAGCCGAAAUGACUGCUAAAGUUUGUAAGGAUAGUAUUUCUCCUACUCAAAGCACAGCACCAUCGAGCAAUCAAGGCAGAUAGUUAUUUUGUAGCCAUAUUUGAUAAAACUAAUAAUUACAAUUUAUUGUAAAAUAACCGAACUUCCAGACAGACAAAGAGGAGAAAACUUUAGGCUCAUUUCAUGUGCGAAUAGAAUAUAGUUUGUGACAUAUUACUAAUUAUAUACCAUUUAAUUAGUUCUCUUUUACCAAGAGAGAAAAGUUACUAAUACGAUGUAUUUUAUUUUUACAAAAUUUUUAUUCUAAUAUAAAUUUACAUUAGAAUGCUUAAAGCAUAGUCAUGGGUGCAAUUUUUAAUAAGCUGUUAUUAUAUAUUUUGCCUAAUUAUUUCAAAAAUUAAUAUAACAAUUGAUAUAUACUCAAUAUUUAUAUCUACAUACUAGUUAAGGCAUUGUAAUACAAAAGUUGAAUCUCAAAUUUCUUUGUUAUGAUAAACAUUUUACAUUUAGAUUGGAAAUGUUUCGUUGAAUCUCAAAUAUUUUAUUUCUUCUAGUUCUUUAGUUGAGUAUCUUUCUCGCGUUGUAAGACAUUGUAUUAGAUAAUUGUAUAUAACAUUGUUCACUUUUCUAAAAAUUAAUUAAGUAAUUUUCGUAUUUUUUAUUUUCUAUAUAUAGAUCUUAUUUGAAUUUAUCAGAUGUAUGAAGACAUUUACCUUCUUUGUGAAAUAUGAUACUAUAAAUAUUAAUUACCCAAGAAAUGUGCAAAAAUUUCAUGAUUACAAAAUGAUAGAAAAUUUGUAAUUAACAAUUAGUAGUUCGAACAUUUAUUCCCCUUGAAAUAUAAAGCUUAUUUAGAUCUGCGCAACAUACAUAAUAAUAAUAAGAUAAUAAAAUUAAAAGAAUAAUGUGUGCAAGAAUGGAUAUUCGAAGAAUAUAAGGCAAACAAACAUUGCCACAAAUUUUUGUAAAUAUAUGCAGGAAAUACAUAUUUC